ACGAAAUGGCGAAUUUUUGUUUUGUGAUUAUAUAUGUGACAGGAGUAGUUUGUUUAUUAAAUUUGUAGAUUAAUCAAUGUGAAUCUGGUGCGUGUAUAUUUGUUUGUUAGUGAAUCACAUGCAAUUUUCGUUAUUUCGUUCGACAACACAUUAUAGUUUACAAAAUGAGUUUUAUCUAUGUUCAUUAAUAAGGUCAUUAAAUCCCAGAUAUGCUGUUGAAGACGUGAUUUAUGAUUGUCCCUAGUGCGUAGAAUUUCAAUGGGUCAGAAAGGGAAUAAUUAUCAAUCAAGCUUCCUUAAACAAUGUGUAAACCAAGAAUCUCGAAGUCAAAGUCUGCCAGAUGGAUUCACAGAUGAUACCAGUGAAAACAAUUGUACCUUUAGUGAUAACAACAAUCCAAAACCCGAACAAGAUAAUUCCCAGUUAAAUAGCAAUGAAUUGUGGUUUAAAACUUGGCCCGAAAGAUGUGAUAAAAUUAAAAAUAAUGAUAGUAGUUCAGACCCAUCAGAAAAUACAAAAUGCAGUAAGGCACAAGAUUUAAAUACUCAAACAUAUGCCAACUGUGAUAGUCCUAAGAAUGCAAAUAAAACUAAACUGACAUUCAAUGAGGCUCUGCAAAACAUAUCAUUAGCAUAUAGUCCGAUAACAAAACAACUACACUUAGUCCAGAAGCCUUCUAAUAACAAUGACUUAGCCAGUAAUAAUGAAAAGACACCUGAUAUUGAAAUUGACAAUAAAACUCAUAAUGGUACAGAUGAAAUAGAUUUUGUUAAGAAACUUGGACACAGAAGGAUCCAACAAGGUUCAUUCUCCAGCACAGUAUCCACAUCCAGUGGAUUGAGUGAUCCAUCAACAUCUGGAAGUUUAUUAGAUGUUGAUGAAAGGUCUAUUUCCAGUUUUGAUGAAAAUAGCUAUCCACAUAAGAAGAACAGUUUUUCAAAUUUUUUUUCAAGGAAUGUUUUUUCUUGGAGAAAUGGGGAGACAACAAAUGGAAGUGUUUGGAAGUUGUUCAGUAAAUCCAGCAAUAAUGAUAUAUCACCUAUACAUGGUGUUGCCAGUUCCACAGCUCUUAUACAGCUUAAAAGACCAUCAAAUUUACCUGCCAAAAAUCAAGAGGAAGAAAAACGUCAUCAAGAUGAGUACAAAGCCAUGAUUCAGGCUGCAAAAAAGAAGGAGACUCAGAACUCCGUCGCCAAGAAGAAGUUAGAGAAGCUACAGUUGCAACAGGAGGAACAACUUGCGUCUACCACUAAGCACUUUGUCAACCAUGUCCUUCCUAACUGGGACACCAUGAAAAAGGCGAAAAAAACAAGAGACCUAUGGUGGCAGGGUCUUCCAUCCAGCGUGCGCGGCCGCGUUUGGUGCUUGGCUAUUGGAAACGAACUGAAUAUCAGCAGCCAGCUGUACGACAUUUGCUUGUCCCGCGCCCAGAACCGUCUCAACAGUCCGGAACCUCCCUCGCAUAACCCGCUCACCCAAGACGACCAAGAGAGCAGCAUGGACGUGAUCCAGCUCGACAUAUCGCGGACGUUUCCCAACUUGUGCAUCUUCCAGGAGGGUGGGCCGUACUCCGACGUGUUGCAUUCGUUGUUGGCCACUUACGUUUGCUACAGACCUGACGUGGGCUACGUCCAAGGCAUGUCUUACAUCGCGGCCAUCCUGAUCCUCAACAUGGAACCGUACGAGGCGUUCGUGUGUUUCGCCAAUUUGCUGAAUCAACCGCUUCAUCUGGCCGCAUUCACUUUGAAUCAGCGUCACAUGGAGGCGUACUACGACGCUUACAAUGAGCUGUUCAACUACAAUUUGCCUAAAUUGUAUGCGCACUUCUUGUCGUCCGGGCUCACGCCCGAUUUGUACCUGUUGGACUGGAUCUACACGAUAUUUGCGAAGGCAAUGCCUCUAGAUAUAGCAUGUCGUGUGUGGGAUGUUUUUCUAAGAGACGGAUACGAGUUUAUAUUCAAGACUGCAUUAGGGAUCCUCCACUUGAACCAAGAAAUAUUGUUGCAUAUGGACUUCUUGCAUGGAGCUCAGUUCCUUACUCACUUGCCUGACGAUAUGUCGUCUGAUCUGUUAUUUAAAAGUAUCCAAAUGGUCACCAUUCACAUGGGAAAACUUACAUUUAGUCAGAUAGUAGACAAAUAUAGGGUAUCAAAAUGCGAUUCGUUUAGUUAGUACAUGUGUGUUUAUUGUUUAUUUAUGUGGUUAAUUAUUGCAUGCCAGAUCUGAAUGUUCUAGGUGAUAUUUUGUAUGUGUUAAAAAGAGUUUUUAUUUAUAUAUAUAUUUUUUAGUGCGGUUGAUUUAUUCAUAAUUAACUGCAGGUUUAAAUCAUAGGAAAUUGAAUCUCAUAAUUAAUGCACAUUUCUUUUUGCUUCCAUAAAUAUUUGUAAUUCUCAAAGUGCUACUGUAAAUACUACUACUGUAAAAUGGCAAUAUCUCAUAAACCAUUUGUUUUUUUAUAUCUGUGCAAUCUUAAUUGCAAUUGAGUGUAUCUUAUUUUUAUAAGCUUUUAUUAUUUUAAUCACCUACUCAGGUAAUUAAUUUUUCUCAGCGUAAUUUUAUGUGUUUUUCAGAAUAUGUAAAAUCGAAUAAAAAACGUCCGUAAAUUGCCAAGAGUUCGUUUAAAUUCGACUCAAUAAUUGCGUAAUAUAUCAAAUCAUAACUUAAAAAAAUGUUAAUAUUUUAUAAAUGUAUGUAGCUUUUAUAAAGUUGAACUGAUAUUAAAAUGUGGAAAAUAUAGCCAUGUUAUAAUGCAAUGUUUACCAUACUAAGAUCAAAUGUUUUUACUGCUAAUCAAAUUUGUGAUAAGGCCUAAUUGAUUUAUUGUUGUUAAAUAUGACUAAUUGAAGUGUUCUUAUUUUAAAUCCUCAGAAAGUGCCACUGUUAGAGACAGUUUAGUUAUUUUCUAAUGAGUUUAGUCUUAGUAUGGUAGUGUUUAAAUACAAAUGGCUGUGUAUAUAUUAAGAUGUUUUAUUGUAGACUGUAUAUGAAAUUUAUAUAGAACAAUUGAUUUACUUUUAUAUACUGUAUUAUAAAAUGCUCAUUAAUAUAUAUUUCUUUUUAAUAUA